AUGGCCUUUAGAUCUAACUCUGGCAGUCUUAUAGUUGAAGCUACUAUAAGAUUUGACUUUUCGAACUCAUAUAUAUGGCUUGAAUUUUACAAUGCUCCAUUGGCAAAAGACAUCUCCUUAAUUUGUAAUACUUUACGAUCAUGGCACAUUAUUGGACGUCUUGGUGGAUGCAAUGCCAUGAAUAUGCAACUGUCACAGUCUCCAAUAGAUAAACGACCAAGUUACGAUUAUAUUCAGGGAGCAAAUGUGACACCAACUACAUUUUACAACAUUGGGGAUCUUGAGGUUCAAGACAACUUGGCUCGAAUAUGGGUGGAUAUUGGAUCUUAUGAACCGUUGAUUCUGGAUGUUUUGGUAAAUGCAUUGACACAGAUAAGCUCCGAUUAUGUUGGGAUCAAGCAAGUAGUGUUUGGUGGAGGAGAAUUUGAGAAUUGGAAUGAGAAUUUGACAUCAGAGGAUUCAGGUUUUAAUGUUCACAAGAUCUAAGCCAAUUUUAACGAAUUGAGGUCAAUGAAGAGUAAGUCAUCAAAUGUAUUAUUACUAAGUAGUAGACUGAACAAUAGGCAAAGUUGUAAGCAUUUCUCCUGGCUAUAUAUUGGACUGUUUAAUGGCAUGUACUAAAGCUUGCGGAAUAUGUGUAGAAAUGUUUGAAGUAUAGCAGAGCUGAAAUAUAUGAU